CUUUUGUCGGAUUAUGAUCAAUUAUUAAUGACUGAAGCCGCAAUUCGAGGGGGUCUCACACAAGCAAGUAUGCGAUAUGCUCAGGCGAACAACAACAAGGUUCCCGAUUAUGACUCCACAAAGCCAGAUUCGUGGAUUGCAUACCUGGACGCAACAAAUCUGUUUGUACUGUUUUUUUUUUUUUUUUUUUACAUAAAACAUUGUUACAACAUUGUUUUUUUUUUUUUUUUUAGCUACGGUUGGGCUAUGAGUAAAUAUAUGCCAAAGGACGGAUUUUCAUGGUAUGAGGGCAAUCUAGAUGUUGAAAAUAUUUUAAAAUUGUUGGAAAGUUCAAACGAAAAAUCAAACAUUGGAUUCUCGUUAGAAGUUGACAUAUUAUAUCCUCAAUCGUUGCAUGACGAGCAUAACGAGUUACCGUAUCUUCCAGAGAGGAUGGUUCCCCCUGGAUCAAAAAUAAAAAAAACUCAUUGCCAAUUUACAACAUAAAAAAAAAUAUGUUGUUCAUUAUAUGGCAUUGAAACAAGCUCUCAAAGCGGGAUUAAUACUGGAAAAGGUAAUAAUUGUUUACAGUUAUUUAUUAUUAAAAAUUGUUUGAAUUAAUUUUUUUUGUUUAGGUGCAUCGAGUUUUAAAAUUUAAUCAAUCACCAUGGCUUCAAAAAUAUAUUGAGUUGAAUACUAAAAUGAGAAUGAACGCAUUAAAUGAUUUUGAGAGAGAUUUUUUUAAAUUAAUGAACAAUGCAGUAUUUGGUAUGUGUUUUUUUUUUUUUUUUUUUUUUUUAUCAUACCUUUUUCUUAAAUUUGUCUUAACUUUACAGGGAAGACUAUGGAAAAUGUAAGAAAUAGAUUAAAAAUGAAACUCGUUUCGGAUGAAAAAACGUGUUCUAAGUUAAUUAACCGAAAUACGUUUAAGGACAUUACAAUUUAUAACGAAAACCUAGCGGUAAUACAUUUGGAUAUAGAUGAAUUGAAAUUUGAUAAACCAAUAUACGUAGGGAUGGCGAUUUUGGAUAUAUCAAAGACAUUAAUUUAUGAUUUUCAUUAUAACUCUAUGGUUAAAAGUUAUAGUUCAAAUAUUCAACUGAUGUAUACGGAUACAGGUACAUAUUAUAUACAUAUAUUACAUAAAGGUUUAUUAACUAAUAAAUAAUUUUUUUUUUUUUUUUUUUUUUCAGAUUCAUUGAUAUAUUAUAUAAAGACAUCUGAUUUCUACGCUGAUUUGUUGAAUAACCCUGAUCUUUUAAAUCGUAUGGAUACUUCAAACUUACCGAUCAAUCAUCCAUGCUAUUGUAUCGACAGGAAGAAAUUACCUGGGACUUUCACUGACGAAGCGAAUGGAAAAGCUAUCACAGAGUUUGUUGCACUACGAUCUAAAUCAUAUGCAUAUAAUCUAUCGGGUGUAGAAAAAAUUAAAGCGAAAGGUGUCAGAGGUCAUGUCGUUAAAAAUCAUAUGAGUUUAGCAGAUCAUAAACAAUGUUUAUUUUUCAACGGCACAACGGUUGAUAGUGAUACUGGUAGAGGCAUAGCUAUAAAACAAUUCGAGUUGUUUAAAUCUACAGGUCACACGCCUUCAACAAAACAGUAUACACCGUUUCGAGUAAACAUAUCACUAAGAUCUUUUAAACAUCAGAUGAAAUCAAUUUCAACAGUUAAAUUAGCUUUAAACCGAUCGGACGAUAAGAGGAUAGUCCUAGAAAACCAAAUUAAUACCUUGGCUCAUGGACAUUACAGUUUAGAGUGAGUUGAGAUAAAUAGAUAUUAUCAUUCUUUAUAUAAUAAUAAUCUAAUUAUAUCUAUGUUGCAGUCAAGAAGAGGAGCA